AUGCGUCAAACGAACACAUCUUGGAACGAUCCGUCUGCAGACGAAUUAGUGCAACGCCAUCGCAUCACUUCAUCCAGCAAUAGUGCCAGUCCCAAAUCUCCACGACGACCUUCUCUUUCGGUAAUGAAACGAGGUAAUAGUAUAGUGAGUAGCAUUGAGAAUUGUUCCUCAACAGUGUGCACAUUCGGUCGUGAUUAUGUUUACUCACUGCAUCAGAAUGUGAAAUCAUCGCUAUUGUACGGUAAAAAUAAUGUUACUGUUGAAUUACCCAAUGAAGGACCACCUUUAAAAGGAUAUCUAUCAUUACACCAAAAUUCACCUGGAAAUGUCACUGUCAAAUGGACACCGAAUCGUUUAAUGCAUUCC